UCGCGUACACGUUUUAAACAGCUGAACAACGUUUGGGGUAGCAGGUUUUAGCGCGACGUUCGCACGGACAGCUGGUCGCAUUUUGACCAUGAACAGCACGCAACAAAUAGUGAUACUUACUGCAGUGUUUGCUGCUCUGCUGGGGGUUGUGACGUCAGCAGACAGGGACGGAUGUGACGUCGACAUUAAAUAUGACCCCUACCACCCCUGUCCCCGGAGCUACUUCCCCGUAUGUGGAUCAGACUCCCGGACAUACCCGAACGACUGCGUGUUCUGUCAGGCCAAGCGAACACAGAUGUACAGGGGCUUGCCAGGCAUCAGCCUCUACCAUUCGGGUAACUGUGAAGAAAACACACGCCGGCCAGUUACACAACGUCCCACAACGAGGCGCCCCACCUUGACGAUACGCCCCACCCCUACCCCCACCGGGUCGUCCCGAGGGUACACCUCUCGCUUCCAGGCUCUGAUGCGGUAUUUCCAAGACAUGCGAAACCCCUGGGUGGGGAGGAGGAAGGGACGGUCGGUCGACAGGUCGGCGGGAGAUCGUCAACAAUCGGCACUGUAUCACUAACUACACCUAAACCGAGGACAACAAGAUUUCGGAUAAAUCUUCAGCCAGUACGGAGCACAAGUACGUGAUGUCUAAUCAGGCCAAAGAAACAGCUUCUCGGUUUUGUUUGGAAAUGACCAACGGUCCUUGUCGUUAUGCAUUUCACUUUUAAAGUACAUUGUAACAUCUCUUGGCUGAUGAGUUCGGAAGGAAACGAGUAUCGCCAGCGGCGGUGAAUGGUACGUUGUUCAACAACCCAUGAUAAUAUGUGCCGUUAUAAUAAACCGUU